UCACAAAAGCUAUAAAAGAAACCAUGAAAUGCUUGUCACGUUCACACCCUAUUUAUAUAACAUAUGUCUGAGUGAAUCUUUUCCAAAUUCUUGGCUUUGUGAAGCUGCUUUGUGGCAAAGUGAACCCAAUCUUAUCGAAGCUCGACACGAUUUCGCUCUUCGUUGUAAGAGUGGAGUGAUCAGAAGAUAAAACAGAGGACACAAGAAAAGAAGAAAAAAGAAUCUCUUGUUAGAUUAUUUUUAUAUUCAAAAGUUGUUGUUGAAAUGACUACCCCGACAACUCAGUUCGCGCCAUCGGGCAGGUUGGGAUUGUACGAACCAAUGCACCAGAUGAGCAUGUGGGAAGACACAUUUGACGGCAACAUCAGCCCCGAGACUGCUGUCUGUAUGAUCAACGAUGCCGAUUCUAAGAUAGACGACAAGAUUGAGUACACUUCGGACAAAUCAGUGGAGCUAGCUGAGGAUUCUAGAGCUUCGAGGAGUAUAUCUGAGAAGAUACAGCGGCGCUUGGCUCAGAACCGCGAGGCUGCAAGGAAGAGUCGUCUGAGGAAAAAGGCUUAUGUCCAACAGUUGGAAACAAGCAGAUUGAAGCUAGCUCAACUCGAGCUCGAGCUCGAGCGAGCUAGACAACAGGGAAUGCUUAUUGCCGGUGCAACGGCACAUAUGGGCUUGUGUGGCACUGUGGGCUCCGGGAUUGCAUCGUUCGAGAUAGAGUAUAGCCACUGGCUAGACCAGCAGGAGAGGAAGAUCACUGAGCUAAAGAACGUGCUCCAGACGCCCAUAGGCGAUCUGGAGCUACGAGUAAUGGUUGAGCGCGUGCUCAGCCAUUACUACGACCUCUUCCACAUGAAGAGGGAGGCCGCGAGGGCCGACGCGUUCUACUUGGUCUCCGGCAUGUGGAGGACCUCUGUCGAGAGGUUCUUCCUGUGGAUCGGGGGCUUCAAGCCCUCAGAACUCAUCAAUGUGGUUAUGCCUCAGCUGCAGCCUCUCACUGAUCAGCAAACGGCGAAUGUGGAUAACUUGAAGCACUCGUGCGUGCAGGCCGAGGACGCUCUGUCGCAGGGCAUGGAGAAGCUCCAACAGACCCUGGCGCAGAGCGUCACGUUUCUGGCCCCAGGAGCAGGAAACUACUGCUCCCAGACGGCCUUCGCCCUCGAGAACUUGGAGUCUCUCGAGAGUUUCAUAAACCAGGCAGAUCAUUUACGACAACAAACACUACAGCACAUGUCGCGUAUAUUGACUACGCGACAAGCAGCUAGUGGAUUGGUUGCAUUCGGGGAGUAUUUUCAGCGUCUGCGGACGCUGAGCUCGCUCUGGUCCGCCCGUUGCCCGGGCGAACCAGCAUAAUGUGCGGUCGUCUCAAGGUCGGUGAAGCAACAUUAGGUACAAGUUAAGCACGGAUAUAAAUAUAUAGUAGUUCUGUAAAUGAGAUAAAUCUUGUAGUUUUUGCUUAGGCGAGUAACGAUUUAUAAUCCAACUACUGCUAUAUUUUUAUGUGGCUAUGUGCAUAUUGGUUAUAUAUGAUUGAAGCAGUAAUAUUUAUGGUCUA